AUGGACCAAGGCCGUGGUGCGUUUGUGUCGGCAUUGAGCGUGGGAAUCGGUAUAGGGGUUGGGCUUGGAAUGGGGAAGACGGUAAAUCGUUGGACCGGAAAUUCUGAUUCAUCAGGGACCGGUCUCACGCCACAAACAAUGGAGCGUGAGAUGCUUGGUAUGAUCGUCGAUGGCAAAGACAGCAAGGUCACUUUCUAUGAAUUUCCAUAUUACCUCAGUGAGCAGACAAGGGUCUUACUUACAAGUGCUGCCUUUGUUUAUUUAAAGAAUAUCGACUUCUCUAAGCACACAAGGAACCUCGCUCCUGCAAGUCGAACUAUAUUGUUAUCUGGGCCUGCUGAACUUUAUCAGCAAAUGCUUGCCAAAGCUUUGGCUCAUUAUUUUGAAGCCAAGCUGCUAUUGCUGGAUGUUACAGAUUUUUCUCUUAAGCUUCAAAGCAAAUACGGAGCUUCUGCUAAAGAAAAAUCCUUGAAAAGGUCAAUAUCGGAAACAACUUUGGCACGAAUGUCUGGCUUUUUGGAAUCUGUGGUUCAACCCAAAGUGGAACGAAAAGGGGGCUUACGUAGACAAAGCAGUGUUUCUGAUUUUGGAUCAAGAGGGAUCGAACCUCUCCAGAAUCCCCCAAACCUUCGGAGAAAUGCAUCUACUGCAGCUAAUAUGAAUGAGUUCUCUGCAAACUAUGCUCCAGUAAAUCCAGCUCCACUUAGACGCACAAGCAGCUGGUCUUUCGACGAGAAGCUUUUCGUGCAGACCUUAUACAAGGUUCUUAUGUUCACAGCAAACAACUGUCCAAUUGUGUUAUAUCUUAGAGAUGUUGAGAAGUUCCUAGGCAAAUCACAGAAGAUAUAUAUCCUCUUCCAGAAAAUGUUGAAAAAAUUGUCUGGACCGAUACUGAUCAUAGGUUCACGGAUCGUGGACCAUGAGAAAGACGACAAUGUAGUAGAUAACAGGAUUACUUCUGUGUUCCCAUACACCAUUGAAAUCAAACCUCCUGAAGAGGAAAACCAUCUGGUGAGUUGGAAGAACCAAUUGCAAGAAGAUAUGAAGAUGAUCCAGUUUCAGGAUAACAGAAAUCAUAUUAGCGAAGUGCUUGCGGCUAAUGAUCUCGACUGUGAUGAUCUUGGUUCUAUAUGUGUAGCUGACACAAUUGUUCUCAGCAAAUACAUCGACGAAAUUGUGGUAUCGGCCAUUUCUCAUCAUUUAACACAUACCAAGAAUCCUGACUACAGAAAUGGAAAACUAGUCAUCUCUGCUGCAAGUUUGGCCAAUGGAUUGAGUCUGUUCCAUGAAGUUAGAGGUGUAAAAAAUGAUGAAACGGGAAAAGAUGUUGUCGGCACGAAAUCAGAAACAAAACCUGAAACCACAGCUCCUGGUGAAGCAGAAGCUGCGGCUCCUAAGAACGCUGAUAACGUUGCCCCCCCACCCGCAAAAGCUCCGGAAGUUCCCCCCGACAAUGAAUUCGAGAAACGGAUAAGGCCCGAAGUGAUACCAGCACACGAGGUUGGUGUAACUUUUGCCGAUAUCGGUGCCUUAACUGAGGUCAAAGAGUCUCUUCAAGAACUCGUAAUGCUACCUCUUCGAAGACCCGACUUGUUCAUCGGAGGUCUUCUAAAACCAUGCCGAGGAAUACUGUUAUUCGGACCUCCGGGAACCGGGAAAACCAUGCUAGCCAAGGCCAUUGCUAACGAGGCCGGAGCAAGCUUUAUUAACGUUUCUAUGUCCACCAUUACUUCAAAGUGGUUUGGUGAAGACGAGAAGAAUGUGCGAGCCUUGUUCACUCUUGCAGCCAAGGUCUCGCCGACUAUUAUAUUCGUGGAUGAGGUAGAUAGUAUGUUGGGCCAACGAUCAAAAGGCGGUGAGCAUGAAGCUAUGCGGAAGAUAAAGAACGAGUUCAUGACUCACUGGGACGGGCUUCUAUCGAAAUCUGGUGAAAGAAUUCUUGUUCUUGCUGCAACCAAUAGACCAUUUGACCUUGAUGAAGCAAUUAUCCGGCGUUUUGAAAGAAGGAUAAUGGUUGGCCUACCAUCUGUAGAGCAGAGGGAAAUGAUCUUCAGAACUCUUUUAGCCAAAGAAAGAGUCGAUGAAGGAUUGGACUUCAGAGAGAUUGCCAACAUGACCGAUGGAUAUACCGGAAGUGAUUUGAAGAAUUUGUGUACAACUGCUGCUUAUCGACCAGUUAGAGAGUUGAUUCAGCAAGAGAGAAAAAAGGAUAUUGCGAAAAAGAUCAAAGCUGAGAAUGGUGAAGACUCUCAAGCCCCAGAAGAAACUACCGAGCAAAGGGUAAUAACUAUCAGGCCACUCAACAUGAAGGACUUCAGGGAAGCCAAAAACCAGGUUGCGGCUAGUUUUGCAGCGGAGGGAUCAAUAAUGAGCGAGCUGAAGCAAUGGAACGAUCUAUACGGGGAGGGAGGUUCAAGGAAAAAGGAGCAAUUAACUUACUUCCUGUAA